AUAGUAGCCCGACCCAAUCCGAAAGCCCAGAUUCAGUUCCACCUGAAGUGCCGUCGUCAAAAGGUGUCACUUUUCAUAUUCCAGUGCAAACGACCCGUCUCCUCCUCAAUCGUUUUUGGUGGCAAAACUCAUGGAGAAGAUGAUAGCUCUCAGAUCCCUCUACCGUUCUCUCUCUUCCAGAUCUUACCGAACCGCCGCCGCCGCCGCCACCCAUCAUCUGCCACGUCACCACCACCACUCCGCCGCCGGCGCUGCUCGAACCCUCUUCAACUUCGCUUCCCCAAACUCCAAGAACCAAUCUUUCGAUGAACAGAGGUCUCCUCUUUCGACGAGUUUGGGGAGGGUGCGGUGUUUCAGUAACGAUGUGGGUCAUUUUCCUGAGAUUAAAGACCCUCAGCUGCUCUACGCUUUCAAGGACUUGAUGGCUGCAAAUUGGGAUGAGCUCCCUAGUACUCUUGUCACUAGAGUCAAGGCUGCAUUGUCUAAGAACACUGAUGACCAGGCUGGCAAAGAGCAUCUCACCAAUGUGUUGCGUGCCGCCGAAGCUGUGGAGGAGUUUGGAGGGAUGGUUAUGCAGCUGAAGAUGGAUAUGGAUGACAGUGUUGGUAUCAGCGGAGAGAAUGUGAAGAAGUUGUCGGAUGAGUAUGUGAAUGCGCUGAAGACGAUUUACAGUCGCUACGCUGCCUAUUUGGAUGCAUUUGGGCCUGAUGAGACCUACUUGCGGAAGAAGGUGGAGACUGAGUUGGGAACCAGGCUGAUAUACUUGAAGAUGAGGUGUAGCGGCAUUGGUUCUGAGUGGGGAAAGGUCAGCGUUCUCGGAACUUCUGGACUGUCAGGGUCAUACGUUGAGCAAAGAGCUUAGUCACAGAGUUUUGUAUUGUCUACUGACCGGAAGAUUUCGUGUGUUUCGCGAUCAUGUUUGUAACUGAAAUCGGGCCAAUCAAACUCUCCUAGAAAACCUUGAUAUAUAGGUUUUGAUGGCAGUUAAUAAGAGCAUGUUAGUGUUUUUGAUCUAUGAAUGGAAUAAUGCAAUCAUGCAAUUGCUUUUCUGAUAUGUUCUUGAUCAGUUUCUUUUGCCUCUGCGGAGUGUUGCUUUUAUAAGUCAGUUAAUUCGUGAUUUAUAUAUACUUGUGUAGUUCAUCUCAUCUGCGGGACAGUUAAUAAGAAAUGUAACAAGGGAAUCCAUUAGUCAGAUGUUUUAUUUGACAGUUUCAUUACAAC